AAGAGAGAUAGUGUGUGUGUGUGUGUGUGUGUGUGUGUGUGUGUGCGCGCGUGUCUGUGAGUGUGCGCGCGCGUCUCAUCAGCCCCUAUCAGCUUGUUCAGCGCGCGCUCACGCACAGAAAUGGCACCGCUGGACUUGAAAGGUGUUUUCCUCUCCGCGUUUGAUUACAAGACCGAGAAAUACGUCAUCGCCAAAAACAAGAAAGUCGGCGUCCUCUAUCGACUCCUGCAGCUCUCAGUCAUCGGUUACAUCAUCGGGUGGGUGUUUGUGAUUAAGAAAGGCUAUCAGGAGACUGAAGAAUCGCUCCAGAGUUCGGUCAUCACUAAAGUUAAAGGGGUUGUCUUCACAAACACAUCGGGCUCUGGACCCAUGCUUUGGGGGCCAGAAGAUUAUGUCAUCCCUCAACAGGGUGAAGCAGUGCUGUUCAUAACCACAAAUUUUAUCACAACCCCAAACCAGAAAUUAGGAUACUGUGCUGAGAGUGUUAGGGUGCUUGAUGGUCGUUGCCAUGGGAAUGAAGACUGCACAAAAGGAGACACCGUGAUAGCAGGCCAUGGGAUUAAAACAGGACGCUGCUUAAAGAAAGACACAAACUCGACAGGUACCUGUGAAAUAUACGGCUGGUGCCCCAUUGAACGAAGCAGCCGACCAGAUGUGCCUUUAUUGGGAAAAGCUGAGAACUUCACCAUAUACAUAAAGAACUUCAUCAGAUUCCCCAAGUUUGACUUCUCAAAAUCAAAUGUUUUGGAAACGGCAGAUGACACGUAUCUGAAGAAAUGUUCAUAUGAUAAGCUUGCUCACGCUUACUGCCCCAUAUUCCAGCUCGGUGAUAUUAUUCAGAGGACUGGACAUGAUUUUCAAGAUGUGGCUGUCCUGGGAGGAGCAAUAGGAAUCCUCAUAGAGUGGAACUGUGACCUGGAUAAAGGCUACUCAGCGUGCCACCCGAGCUACAGUUUCACUCGCCUGGAUAUGAAUGCGACUGCUAAUGCAAUCUCAUCGGGGUUCAACUUCAGAUAUGCACACUAUUUCAAAAAUGAUGACGGAGAGACCCACAGGACGCUUUAUAAGGUCUAUGGGAUUCGCUUUAAUAUCAUGGUUCAUGGCAAGGCUGGAAAAUUUAAUAUAAUUCCAACAAUCAUAAACAUAGGCUCGGGCCUUGCUUUAAUGGGUGCCGGGGCAUUUUUCUGUGACAUGGUUCUCCUUUACAUGAUGAAGAAAAGCACCCUGUACAGAGAGAGGAAAUUUGAAGCGGAUCAUAAGUAUGCAACGCAAACACCAACCCCAAAGAAUGGAAAUAACAACAGAGAGAGUACAGACAAGUCAGAGGAGGCUAUGAAACAGCCAUCAGAGCUGGAGAAACUCACAGACUCAACAUCUGACCAACACAUACCAGGAAUAACAGAUUUACCCAAAGGACAAAUGGACAAGUCAUCUGACUGACAAAUAGUAUUUCCUAUGGUACAUAAACUGACUUAUAGACAAUAGCCAUAAAAACCUGAAGCAAUACAGAAUGCAUUUUUAUGCACUGAA